AUGCAAGGUGGCUUUAUCACGGACCCUGCGGAGAGUCAGGAAGCGGGCAAUGGUGGACUAGCACCCGCAGAGUACGGCAAUGGCGGCUUUGGCUGCGGUGGCUGUGGUGAUUGCGGUGGUAUCGGCGGCUGCGGGUGCAACGGCGGUUGUGGCAUGGCCGGGUGCUAUGGUGGUCAAGGUCUUGGCUGUCCAGGUGCCUGUGGCUGUGCAGGCGCCUGUGGCUAUCCUGGAGCUUGUGGCUGCCCUGGGGCCUGUGGCUGCCCUGGUGCCUGUGGCUGCCCUGGUGCCUGUGGCGUGGCAGGUGGCUGUGGCUGUGGCUGUGGCGGCUGUGGCUGCCCUGGCGCCUGCUGUGGCUGUGGCUGUCCUGGCGCCUGUGGCUGUGGCGCCUGUGGCUGUGGCGCCUGUGGUUGUCCUGGCGCCUGCUGUCCUGGCUGCACAGGCGCUUGUGGAUGCCAAGGCUUUGGCUGCGACGGUGGCUGCCCUUCCUCUGGCUGCGGUUGCGAUGGCUGCGGUUGCUGCCAAGCCUGCGGAGGCUGCCAAGGGUUUCAGCCCCCGGCCUGCGGUUGCGGCGGAGGCUGUGACUACAGCCUUGGCUUUGCUGCCCCAGGCUGUGCUUGCGCCGGUUUCGCAGGUUGCGGCGGCUGCAGCUGUGGGAGCGCAUGUGUGCCUGGCGUGGCGACCGCCGGGAGCGAGAAGCACGUGGGCAUGGUGAAAAACUGGAACAGCGAGAGAGGCUUCGGGUUCCUCCGCUCCGAGGGCAUGGAAAAGGACGUGUUCUUCCCCCGCCGCGAGCUGCCGGUGGAGUUUCAAAGCGAGGCUAACAUCAAUGGCCACAGCUUCACCUACGAGCUCACUUCUGCCGCGGAUGGCCGGCCACAGGCGCGGGCGCUGCAGUGGAUGGGCGGCACUGUGGCGCCCCAGCCCUCCGCGGGCAUCGAGAACCUGGGCCAGCGCGCCGCGGGCCAGGUGAAGAGCUUUUCCGCCAAGGGCGGCUACGGCUUCAUCAGCAUGCUACCCACUGGAGGCGACAUCUUCUUUGCCAAGAGGGAUCUUCCGGUGGGAAUGCAGGAAUCCAAUCUGAUCGGCGUGAAAUUCGAGUUCGACAUCGGCAGCAGCAAUGACGGUCGAAGCCAGGCCAAGAACCUGGUCUGCAUGGACCCCAGCACCGGGAACUUCGGCGCGGCCGGGCCCGUGGCCGGCAAAAGCGGGGCAGCCUAG